AUGUCGAUUGUUACCCUCAUUGCCAUUGACGACGAUCCCAUUGCAUUCGCCAAUCCUGAUUUCAUCCGCGUCCCUCGACAAUCGAUCAAGUAUUUCUCGCUUAGUGCGCCUCGAGAUGUGAGACAGCAGUUUGAGAGAAGAGCCACAGAGUUUGAACGGCGCCUUACGAUUGAGUGGCAAGGAAACGCUGGACGCCUGAGUCACCGUGUGGAUUUACAUGAAAUGGUUUCUUGGGUCGAGUUUGGAAGGCUCCAACACGUCAACUGCUACGAGGACAGCGCAGGAAACAUCCGAAAGCUCCAUCACACUUUUGUCUUUCUACCAAGCUCGGGUUCCUUUGGGAUCAUCUGA